AUGGAUAAAUGUAAAACGGAUUUUGGAAACUUUGCGCAACAGAUGACGCUCGACAGCAAUUGUCGAACGGAUUUGCAGAACGUGAAUCCCAUUGCUAGUCAGGCGUACGUAACGUUUAUGUCUUACGAGCCAUUGCAGACUGUUGGAUGUUCCAAGAACACCAAUGGAACAUAUUGCUAUGUCAGCGCACUGUAUAAUAAAAAAGGAAUAGAUCUGUUUCUUUUACCGAGUGGCUCGGUAACGCCACAAACUGAGGAACUCGCUUGUACAGAAUGCAACCAGAAAAUUCUUAAUACCUAUGCGGCCUAUGAUACCAAUAAUGCUCUACCGCUUUAUCAAGUUUUCCCUCCAGUCCGUGAUCAAAUAAAUCAACAGUGCGGAGCAGAUUGGGUCAAUUCACCAGCAAACUUGGUAACUAAUUCUAUAGGGAGAGUCGAAGUUGGUAGUAUACUCGUGAAAGCUUUAAUUGGCGUGAUAGGAUUAUUGAUCGCGAGUGGUUGA